GGGCCCUUAAGUGGUUAAGGGGGGGGUAAAACCUUCCGGGGCUGAAGUGGUAAAUAAGUGUCAGUACUUUGAGAAAGAGAAUAAACAGAUUCUUCAUCUUCCCAUCAGUUCUGUAAAGUGAUACUUUGUAAAUAUUUUUAUUAGAAUGAAAUUCAAAGUUUCAUCAACAUUUUCACCCUCCAGAGGAAGAUUUUCGGCUCGCGAUUUAAUCUCCCAACCAACCGCGAGGUUAUCAGCCGCGAGGAUCGGAUGAGGAAAUCGUUUUCUCAGCAGCUCUUAUCUUUUCAAUCACAAGAGUGGAAAAAAAAAAAAAACACAUUUCCUAUUGUUGCCAUAUAUAAAUAUAUACAAUGUUGCAAACUCUCUUCCUUUUUUAUCUCAUGCAAAUUGGAAAUGGAGCGCCGUGCGAAGCUCGCCGCCGCCGCCGUUCUCCUCGGAAUAGGUUUUACCUUCUCGGCUUUUCCUUGCGUUUCUCCGGCCAGAGUUUACAGCCCCGAUCGUGUCAUCAAACGCAUCGCCGUAUUACUAACGGAUCUGGAAAUCGAACUGAAACAUUUGGCGAAUGACACAAAACACUUCAGAGUGACGGGUCCUACGAGAGCGGCUUGGGAGGAAGAUAUAGAUUGCACCGGAUCGUUUCUAGAUAUAUUUACAAACGGAACAGAAGCCAUCUCCGGAAAAUUCUCAGAUAAUAGUGUGACCCGUAUCAGUCAGAGGAUAAGUAAGUGCGUGGAGCAUCUGAAGAACACGGAUUGUAAAGAGCUGGAGCACUACCAUGACGACCGAUGCGGGAAAGAGGUGAAGAACCAGACGGCGAUGCAUUUUGUGAAGGGAUUUUUUGAAUUCUGCGAAGCUUUCCGCCAGAGAGAAAUUUGCGAAGAACCUUCCCGACAUAAAUACGACCGCCGGCGCGGCGAUUGGCCGGAACGCGAUCACAUCUGUUAAUUCCUUAUUCAGAGUCUCGCAAAAUAAUAAUGUCGUUGCAAUUUUUUUUUUCUUCCUUGGAUUUUCCAAAACACCCGGAAAUUUCCCAACUGCGCCAUUCGGCAACCGCAAAUUGCUGCUUCUGAACCGCGGCGAUCCGCGCCGCUCGGGAGGUCAUCAAAGAAAGUCUGUCAGUGGCGGCUGGUGACCAAUUUUCUUGGGAGGGACCAACCAGUCAACCAACCAGCCCCUCGGUUAUCACUCACUCACCACUCCCCCCUGGUUAUCUCUCGCUCACCACUCCCCUCGGUUAUCCCUCGCUCACCACUCCCCUCGGUUAUCACUCGCUCACCACCCCCCCAGUUAUCUCUUGCUCACCACUCCCCCGGUUAUCCCUCGCUCACCACUCCCCCCCAGUUAUCGCUCGCUCACCACAUCCCCAGUUAUCCCUCGCUUACCACUCCCCCCGGUUAUCCCUUGCUCACCACUCCCCCCGGUUAUCCUUCGCUCACCACUCCCCCGGUUUUCCUUCGCUCACGACUCCCCUGGUUAUCCCUCAUUCACCACUCCCCCCCAGUUAUCGCUCGCUCACCACUCCCCCCCCAGUUAUCUCUUGCUCACCACUCCCCUCGGUUAUCGUUCCCUCACCACUCCCCUCCAGUUAUCCCUCGCUCACCACUCCCCCGGUUAUCCCUCGCUCUCACCACUCCACCCCAUUUAUCUCUCACUCACCACUCCCCCCGGUAAUCGCUCGCUCACCACUCCCCCAGUUAUCUCUUGCACACUACUCCCCCUGUUAUCCCUCGCUCACCACUCCCCCCCCAUUUAUCUCUCGCUCACCACUCCCCCCCAGUUAUCGCUCGCUCACCACUCCCCCCCAUUUAUCUCUCGCUCACCACUCCCCCCCAGUUAUCGCUCGCUCACCACUCCCCCCAGUUAUCUCUUGCCCCACACUCC